AUGUUCCGCAAACAGUUCCGCCCAUUGGGACCACUUGCACGAUAUGUAUCCACCAGACCUCGCAAGGCUGCCGUUUCCAUGGCUCCGCCUCCUUUGCGCAUGAACCCUCUUGAAUCUGCGGGGAAAACCCCCAAAGGUGAACCCUCAAUGGACAACUUCCUGAAGCGUAUCGGCAGUUCUGACCUUUUAUGGUUCACACUUCUGUCCGUGGUCACCGCGUCUCCCUUCUUGACCAGGGUUGCGAUGGCCGCCAUGCCCAUCACACCAGACUUUUUGAUCAAGUCUGUCGUUUACCCUAUCUACUGCGGUGGUGAAAACUACGAUGAGGUUCGGGCCACUGGCCGCAAACUCCUCAAUCGUGGUGUUAGCAACAUGAUGCUUUCUUACUCGGUCGAAGAUGCCGAGGGAACCGCUUCUGCUGAGACCUUUGAAAACUCGCUCAGGGCUAUCAACGGCUCUGUGGCCGGGGUCUUUGCCAAGCAUAACAAAGAGUCGCAAGAGCUCUAUGAAACCAGUGCUAUCAAUACCCCUCCUGCCUCUGGCUACAUUGCCCUCAAGCCCACUGGUCUUAUGCCCAACAGUGCUGAAAUUCUCGCAAACUACAACAAGCCUGAGUUUGCCGACAAGUGGGAGCAGUAUCUCAAUGUCUGUCGUUCUAUCUGCCAGAACGCAGUCGAUCAUGGUGAAGGAAAGGUUGUGAUUGUCUUUGAUGCCGAAAAAGUCUGGCUACAGGAUGGUGUCUAUGCUGCCCAGCGGGAAAUGAUGAAGGAGUUCAACCGUGACGGUCAGGUUGUUGUUUGUGGUACUGUGCAAAUGUACCUCCAAAAGUCCUAUCAGUUCCUUAACAACGAAAUCGAGCUUGCGAAGAAGGGCAAUUACCAGGUCGCUAUGAAGCUUGUCCGUGGUGCCUACAUCCGCUCCGAGCCUAACCGUAUGCAGGACAUCCAUGUUACAAAGGAGGCCACCGAUAAGAGCUUCAACGAUGGUAGCAACUUGAUGCUUGACUAUAUUGUCCAGGGCUGGAACAACCCCACCAAGCCCUCUCCAGUUGGCCAGCUUGUUGUUGCUUCGCACAACUUUGAUAGCUGCAACAUGAUCGAUGCUCGUAUGAAGCGCGAGGCUCCCGUUGGCUUUGAUCACGCUAAAGAUUGCUCUGUUGUAUUCGCUCAGCUGUUGGGCAUGAAUGACCACCAGACCUGCGAUCUCACCGAUCGUGGACUAAAGGUCAUCAAGUACGUUCCCUGGGGUCCGGUUAAGGAGACCAAGGACUACCUCCAUCGUCGCUUGGAAGAGAAUACCGAUGCAGCUCGUGGUGGCUGGUCCAACGUUUUUGCUGGCGUCAACGAAAUGGUCCGUCGCGCCUUCCGUGUUUCCCGGGCGUGA